AUGGUGCGACAACGAAGCACGCUCCGCGAACGUCUCGCCCGGGCAAUCACCGGACCGCCGAGGAUGCCCGUCAGCAGCCGCCCGUUCGAAGCAUCCGCACGGCCGCCAGGAAAGGACCGUCCCCGUCGGGAGAACCGGGCCGGCGUACGAUCACCAGUCGCAGCCGGGGAGGCCCCAUCGCCAGCUCCACCGCCACUGCAAGGGCCCCGACGACCGGCAACGAUCCGGCAGCGAACCACCAGCUCCCGCCAGGACCGACUGUACGCGCAGGACGCUCCGACAGCCGCCGCCACACGCCGUGAGAUCCUAGUUUGGACGUUCGGAUCUUCCUUGUCCGACCUAGACGACGACGACGACGGGGACACCACCGGGACGACCAAAACGACAGCCGUCGAGCCCUCCGUCAUACCGCCACCACCAGCGGUACCGAAACCAUCCGCCCCGCUGCCGGACCUGACGCCGCUGCUCGCCGCGCUACCAGUGGCCUCCGACCAUGACCGCUCGGACACCCCGACAACAGCACCGCCGCCACCGGCGGACCCGCCACGAACCGUGUCACCGCUGCCACCGGUACCACUGCCGUUAACACUGCCUCCACCUCCUGCCUUGGCUCGACCAACGCCGCCUCCCUCGCCGAGACCGAUGUCGCUGCCAGAGCCUACACCGCCACCGCCGUUCGCUCCGCCACUGCCGGCGCCACCAUUGCCGACUCCGCCGCCCACACCACCUACGGACGGGCCCUCCGCGGGAUACUACACCCCCUACGGGGAAGCAGUACGAAGCAUCCCGUGGGACCGCAUCAAGCCAGGGCAACGGUACCGCCACAAAGCUCACGGCUUUAAGAUUAUUGUAAGACGCGCCCGCGAUGGCACCUUUAAAAUAAAAUAA